AUGAUCUCUGCCAAUUGUUGGGUUCCAAGAGGUUUUGCCUCAGAAUUUCCUGAGAAGUACGAGUUGGACGAUGAAGAAAUCGAACGUAUCAAUCAAAUGGCCCAAUUACAACUAGAAGACGCCCAACAAGAUUUGGAAGACGCUACCGAAGAAAACGCUGACUCUGAUGCCCCAUCUAAGGCCGCCGAAGCCUCCAAAGCAUUGAAAUCUCAAGUUGAUAUCGAUGACGACUUGAAAGAAUACGAUUUUGAACAUUACGACGAUGAUGAAAAAGACGAAGAAGGUCAAAAAGUUUCAUUUAUUCCAGGGUUAUCCACCGCCCGUUUUGUUCAAGAAGACGAAGGAGCAGACCCAUACUUGUCAUUACCUACCGACGUAGACCAAAAUGAAGAUAAGCGUGAUUUGCAAAUAUACCCAACCGAUAAUUUGAUCUUAUCUGGUCGUACCGAAGAUGACGUCUCAUACUUGGACGUUUACGUUUAUGACGAUGGUGCUGGGGCUCCAGAAGGUGCCGAAGAAGAUGACAAGGACAAGUUGGAUCCUGAUGUGGAAAAUGGAAUGGUUAGAGAAAGCAAUUUAUAUGUCCAUCAUGAUUUGAUGUUGCCUUCAUUCCCAUUGUGUACCGAGUGGUUGAACUUUAGACCAAAUGGUACUAACGACAACAAUAACAUUGGUAAUUUCGCGGCCAUUGGGACUUUUGACCCACAAAUCGAAAUCUGGAACUUGGAUUCCAUAGACAGAGCGUUCCCAGAUGCAAUUUUGGGUGAUCAUCUGACAUUAGAUGGUUCUCUUUUGAAGAAAAAUAAGAAGAAGGGUAAGAAGAGCGCCCAUGUCACCACCCACCAUACCGAUGCUAUCUUAUCUUUAAGUCACAAUAAAGCCCACAGAGCAGUUUUGGCUUCGUCGUCUGCCGAUAAAACCGUCAAGUUGUGGGAUUUGACUACCUGUGUCGCUGCCCGUAGUAUGAACACAAUCCAUAAUGGUAAAUCUGUCAGUUCGAUACAAUGGCAUCCAAACUUGACUCAAGCGGGAGCAGGAUCUAUCUUGCUUAGUGGUGGUUACGAUAGUACCGUGGCGAUUUCCGAUGUUAGAAUCUCUAAUGAAUCUGAUAUGGUGAAGCGCUGGACAGUUAACCCUGGUGAAGAAGUUGAAAACGUUAGAUGGGGUGAUCAAUCCAAUGACAAUAUUUUCUACGCCGGUACUGAUGCCGGGGUCAUUUACGGGUUUGAUAUCAGAAACGAAGGUAAAAAACCGCUCUGGAAAUUACAAGCCCAUGAUUCUGGGAUCUCUUCUUUGGAAGUCAACCAGUACGUUCCAGGGAUGUUGGUCACCAGUGGUAUGGGUGAUAAAUACGUUAAGUUGUGGAAAGUUCCAGUGGAAAGUAUUGAUAAAAGUACUAUCAAGCCAAGCAUGAUUUUGUCCAGAGACUUGGGGGUUGGUAACGUGUUGUCGACCUCGUUUGCUGGGGAUAUUGAAGUUGCUGGCCACCUUGUUGCCGGAGGUGUCACUGGUCCAUUGAAGAUUUGGGAUGCUUUCUCCAACAAAACCGUUAGAAAAUCUUUCCGUGAACCAUUGAAAGAUUUACAAACUUUGGCUAGAGAACAAGCCAACAACAAUGGUAGAGCAUCGAGAAUUGCCAGAAAAUACAAUAAAGACUCCAAUGAACAAAUGUUUGAAGCUGAUGUUAGGGAAAAUGAAGACAAAGAAGACGAAGAAGAUGGAGGAGAUGAAGAAGAACAAGAUGAUGAUGAAAUGGAGGAUGAUGAAUAA